UGAUUAUAUGCUCUUUUUUUUUUUUUUAUAGGGGAGUUUCUGUUUUAUGUCCACCUCCCACUUUAUUCCUGCUAAUCUGCUGAUGCAAUAAAUUGGAAGACAACCAUUGCCAGGAUAACUUGUAAUGGGCAAGGAGCCACAGGAAGAAAAUAUUUCUUUUAAUUUUUAAACUUGGUUUGAAAGACCAGCAUGUUUUGGAAAUUUGAUCUUCACUCAUCAUCCCACAUAGACACACUUCUAGAAAGAGAAGAUGUAACACUGAAGGAGUUAAUGGAUGAGGAAGAUGUUUUACAGGAAUGUAAAGCUCAGAACCGCAAACUUAUAGAGUUUCUGUUAAAAGCAGAAUGUCUCGAAGAUUUAGUCUCGUUCAUUAUAGAAGAACCACCUCAAGACAUGGAUGAAAAGAUCAGAUACAAGUAUCCAAAUAUAUCUUGUGAGUUGCUCACUUCUGAUGUCUCCCAGAUGAAUGAUAGACUGGGAGAAGAUGAAUCCUUGCUAAUGAAAUUAUAUAGCUUCCUCCUAAACGAUUCCCCCUUGAACCCACUACUUGCCAGUUUCUUCAGCAAGGUGCUAAGUAUUCUUAUCAGCAGAAAACCAGAACAGAUUGUGGAUUUCCUGAAGAAGAAACGUGAUUUUGUAGACCUUAUUAUAAAGCACAUAGGCACGUCGGCUAUCAUGGACCUGUUGCUCAGGCUCCUGACAUGCAUCGAGCCUCCACAGCCCAGGCAAGAUGUGCUGAAUUGGUUAAAUGAGGAGAAAAUUAUCCAGAGGCUUGUGGAAAUAGUUCACCCAUCGCAAGAAGAAGAUCGGCAUUCAAAUGCAUCACAAUCACUUUGUGAAAUUGUUCGCCUGAGCAGAGACCAGAUGUUACAAAUUCAGAACAGUCCAGAGCCAGAUCCUCUGCUUGCCACUCUAGAAAAGCGAGAGAUUGUAGAGCAGCUCCUGUCAAACAUCUUCCACGAGGAUAAGAAUGAGCCGGCCAUAGUCAGUGCCAUCCAGAUACUGCUCACACUGCUCGAGACACGGCGGCCAGCAUUUGAAGGCCAUAUAGAGAUCUGCCCACCAGGCAUGAGUCAUUCAGCUUGUUCGGUCAACAAGAGUGUUCUAGAAGCCAUCCGAGGAAGACUUGGAUCUUUUCAUGAACUCCUGCUUGAGCCACCCAAGAAGAGCGUGAUGAAGACGACGUGGGGUGUGCUGGACCCGCCCGUCGGGAACACCCGGCUGAACGUGAUUCGGUUGGUAUCCAGCCUGCUCCAGACGAACACCAGCACCAUCAACGGGGACCUCAUGGAGCUGAACAGCAUCGGGGUCAUACUGGACAUGUUCUUCAAAUAUACGUGGAAUAACUUCUUACAUACACAAGUGGAAAUCUGCAUUGCACUGAUUCUUGCGAGUCCCUUUGAGAACACAGAAAACAGCACAAUUACUGAUCAAGACUCCACUGGUGACAAUUUGUUAUUGAAACACCUUUUUCAGAAAUGUCAGUUAAUAGAACGAAUCCUUGACGCCUGGGAAAUGAAUGAGAAGAAACAGGCCGAGGGAGGCCGGCGGCACGGCUACAUGGGGCACCUGACGAGGAUAGCCAACUGCAUCGUGCACAGCACCGACAAGGGCCCCAAUAGCGCGCUGGUGCAGCAGCUGAUCCAAGAUCUUGCCGACGACGUCAGGGAGCGAUGGGAGACUUUCUGCACAAGCUCCUUAGGAGAAACUAACAAGAGGAACACGGUAGAUCUAGUUACAACCUGCCAUAUUCAUUCAUCCAGUGAUGAUGAAAUUGACUUUAAAGAAACGGGUUUCUCACAGGAUUCUUCUUUACAGCAAGCCUUUUCUGAUUAUCAGAUGCAACAAAUGACGUCCAAUUUUAUUGACCAGUUUGGCUUCAACGAUGAGAAGUUUGCAGAUCAAGAUGACAUUGGCAAUGUUUCUUUCGAUCGGGUAUCAGACAUCAACUUUACCCUCAAUACAAAUGAAAGUGGAAACAUUGCCUUGUUUGAAGCAUGUUGUAAGGAAAGAAUCCAGCAGUUUGAUGAUGGCGGCUCUGAUGAGGAAGACAUCUGGGAGGAGAAGCACAUUGCGUUUACGCCAGAAUCCCAAAGACGGUCCAGCUCGGGGAGUACAGACAGUGAGGAAAGCACAGACUCUGAGGAAGAAGACGGAACCAAACAAGACUUGUUUGACUCCAGUAGCGCCAACACGGAGGACAAGAUGGAGGUGGACCUCAGCGAGCCACCCAACUGGUCAGCCAACUUUGAUGUCCCCAUGGAGACAACCCACGGUGCUCCCUUAGACUCCGUGGGCUCUGAUGUCUGGAGCACAGAGGAGCCGAUGCCAGCGAAAGAGACGGGCUGGGCCUCUUUCUCAGAGUUCACGUCCUCCCUGAGUACAAAAGAAUCUUUGAGGAGUAAUUCUCCAGUGGAAAUGGAAACUAGCACUGAACCGAUGGACCCUCUGACUCCCAGUGUUGCCGCACUGGCCGUGCAGCCCGAAGUGCCAGGCAGUGUGGCCAUGGAAGCCAGCUCUGACGGAGAGGAAGAUGCAGAAAGUACAGGCAAGGUAACUGAGACGGUGAUGAAUGGCGGCAUGAAGGAAACUCUCAGCCUCACUGUAGAUGCCAAGACAGAAACUGCGGUCUUCAAAAGCGAGGAAGGAAAACUGUCUACCUCUCAAGAUGCUGCUUGCAAAGGUGUGGAGGAGAGCCCCGAGCCGGCUCAGGCGAAAUCUGCGGCCCCCCGGCCCCCCAGCAGUAGUUCCGAGCAGAGGACUGACCAGCCAAGCGUGCCAGGCGACACAUCCGUUAAUGGCCCUGUAUGAUGAGUGACCUCUGCUGCUGACUGAGGACUGCAGGCUGCACCAUUCAGGGCUCUGGGGCUUCAGCUGGGGCCGCUAUGUGCCCCUGCUGCCCUCACUCUGCACGGGAUCAGGACCAGCAACCUUUCUACUCUAGAUGCUAAGACAUUGUACAGAGAAAUUCAGACAUGUACAAAUAUUGCACAUUGACAAAUACCAAGAAUUUUUGCGUAUGUUUAUAUUGUAUUGUUCUAAAUAAUGGGUAGCCUGUGAAAUAAGAUCUUGCCACCCAUGUAAUAAUAGUGGUAAUACUAUAGUUAAAAUGGCUGUAAGAAUAGUUUUAUAAAAGUGAGUACACAGAGCUAUUGUAUUUGAAACAACUAUUUGACAAUUAUUAGUGUGACCAAAGUAUUAGGCAGUUUUCAUACCUUUUUCACCUUGUACAAAAUUCUGAAUUCAUUUUUCUUCCAGGUUGGCAAGGAGGAAGUAGUGGGAUUAAAAUGCCCUCUAAGUGUUAUUUCGGUUGUUCUAACUCACAAAAGUGAUUUUGAAUAAGAAAUACUUGUUCUUUUUAUAACCAGUUUUUGAUUGGUAACUGUUUUCUGUAUUGUUUAAAACGGAUCAAAAAAUGUAAGUCUCUCGGUAGAGAUGAAGUAUUUAUUGCUGCAACUUAGCUGAUGAACUGAUGUUAUUGUGAAGCCAUAUGUUCUGUUAAAGUCUCGUUUGCUUGAAAUGAUUAUUCCUGCAGGUGAAACACUAGAAUUUUUGGAGUGUACAUGGCUUGUGGUUUGGUUUUGUUUUUUGUUUUUGUUUUGUUUCGGUAGUUCAUCUGCCUUUUAACCCAUUCACCAAAAUUUACCUUGUUAACAGGCAUCACCAAUGAACAUUUCAGAGCAAUCUGCAUAUUUAAUAUACCUGAAUCAUAUUAGGAAGUCCACCGAAAAAUGCUCGUGCUGCUAAUGGAAUUAGAGUACGUUCAUUUUAAAGGCUAGUGUGUGAACCUAGAAAUCAGACUCUGGCACCUAAGCAUGUUAAUUGUUUCCUGUGCCCUGUGAGGUUUUCACUCGUAAAUUCUCAGCCAGUCUAUUUUUUUUAGAACUGGUUUAUGUAUAUAUAUAGUGAUUAUGGAUACUAAUUCAAUGUAAUUUAUAAUUUUCUAUGUCAAUAUAAAAAUACAUCACAGCCUUCUCAAACAGCUGAAGCAAUAUGUUGUAUAUUGCGUGCCGUCUGGUGAAAGGGUUAAAUGACUUCACCUCUUGCAAUUUUAGAUGCAAAUCAGUUUUUCAUUUCUGUAAUAGAAAAGUAUCCACCUAUUUUUACAUCGUUUGUUUUUCCUGACCAGUAUUUAAAACCAAAAGGAUAUUCUGAGAAAUGGCCAACACUUUUUUUUAGGACUAGCAUCCCAAACAACGUGCCUAAACAUUACAUUGCAUAUGGAAAUAAAAGAAUCAAAUGUCUGAUGCCUUAUUUCUUAUUUACUCUUCAUUUUAAGUGGUGUGGAAACUCCUCCCGAGGUUUACUGGGCAGACCAGGCACUAAGGGACAGUGGAGUCAGCAGUGCACCUGGGGCGGGCACGCGGUGCUCUUGGCCUCUGCACGCCGCCUCAGGAACCCUUUCUGUUGUGGGCGCCUCUUCCAAGACUCUCUCAUACGUCCCCUCUGGCACCUGGCACCACCAGAGGACAGGGCUCCUCCCGCUUGUCUCAAGGAUGUUGACUUACGUGGCACAGGACCUCGGGGACUGCCGAAGGAUGGACGUGCUUUUGUCUUACCUGGUGGAGAGCUUUGCCGGCGACACCAGGGCUUGGCUCCGGGGUGGCAUGUGCUACCCCUACAGCUUGGAUUUGGUUGGAUCGCCAUCCCACCCAAGGUAACUGUUUUGUUUCCCCUCCUGCUGCUGAGUGUGCGUGGGGGUUUUCUUGGGGGCCAUGUUUUGUGUGCUUGCCUUACAUGGCGGGGAAGGACACAAUGGCGGCAAGAACGUUGGCGGUUGGAGGGUGCCAGCCCGAGGACCAGACCGGGCUCACACGCACUAGUUUCUACUUCAGUUUCUGUGUGUUGGCCAUACUGAAUUGCGACACUAACCAAUGUCUGCAGUAAAAAAUCUGUAUGAAAAAUAACGACAAAAUAAAACCUGAUUCUUCAUUUCUAGAAA